AUGUCCCACGCUAUGCCUUACCCCGUCAUGCCCCCGACAAUGUAUAAUCCCACGUACACCGGGGAGUACACUGGGGAGCACACUGGGGAGUAUACCGGCGAGUAUACCGGGGGCUAUACAGAGGAAGCUUCUUCCAAUGCCGCGCCCAUUGAAGGACCGGAAGACAAGACGAAUGAACGUUCAUUCCGCAGAUCACGCUCGGGUUGCUUCACAUGUCGACUGAGGAGGAAGAAGUGUGAUGAGACUCGUCCGACUUGCAAUUCAUGUGGCAAGCUGGCUCUCAGGUGCGAUUACAAGCCCCCACAUUGGUGGGCUACCGCCGAAGAGAGGAAGAAGCAGAAGCAGAGAAUCAAAGACAGGAUUCGACAGACGAAAGUCAUGGAAAAACAUGGAUCGUUAAAAGUUCCUACUUCUAUCACAACCCCGGUGAGCCCGUACGACAUUAGCAUCAAGACUAAUACAUACAUCAACAAUGUGCCCGUGCCAAACCAGUCACCCGUCUCUGUUUCUGGGUACAAUAUGAUGAACCCGCCACAGCAGCAACUGCCGUUCACCCAGCCUUCGUCCACUCCGCAGCCGUUGGCCACCGCGCAAUGCCUGCCGGCGCAGCAGUCUCUGCCUACUCCGCAGUCUGCGUCUACCGAGUGGUUCAAUGCUCCCGCCGCCUAUCUCAGCCAGCCUCAACCAUACAGUCCUAUGGACGCUGUCGGCUUUGGGCUCCCCGGACGGUCCUUGUCCUGGUGCCUGCAGACCAUGGUCCCCAUUGAAGAAAGUGACAAGCCUCUUCUCAACCAUUUUUUUGACUACGUUAUUCCUCUGGUCUUUCCCAUUGUUGAGGUCAAUCAUGGAGGUCCCACGCGGGUGAGAGAGAUCCUCAACGCUCUUCAGAACAACAAGUCAUACCUCCACUGCUGCCUGAGUGUGGCCGCAAUCCACCUGAAGACCAGCAUGGGCAUGGAAGACCAGAUGGACCAUGACAUUAUGCAACAUCGGUACGAGGCAAUCUCGCAGUUGUGCCGCGCUUUGAACUCCAAGGUGGGCAACAGCCAGAUGCAGGUCAUGGAUGCGACGCUCGGUUUGAUCUUCUACCAUAGCUGCGUUGGGCUGCCGGAUGAUUAUCUCCCGGAUAUCACAUGGUACUCUCAUUUCCAGGCCGUGGCAAACCUUGUGAAGAAGCUCAACUACGCACCCACUCAAUUCAACGUCUCUCUCAUCACAUGGAUCGACAUCUUGGGGUCCACCAUGGUGGGAGAAACACCCCAAUUCGCUCACACAUACCGCACCAAACAUCUCAGCGGUACGCCGUCCGGACUGCAGCCACUGAUGGGCUGCGAUGAUCGUAUUAUGUACCUCAUCUCAGAGAUCGCGUGCUUGGAGUCGCUGAAACUGGAAGGACAGCUCGACGAUAUGAUCGUACGCCAUCAUAUUUCAGCCCUGAGCGCUCAGAUUGACUGGACCGAGCCCGCUGACAAAACCAUGGAGUCGCCCUACAACGCAGCAGGCGUCAUCGUCCCCGAAAAGCUGACGAAAAUUCUGACUGCUCUGUUCCGCAUCGGGGCUCGCAUCUACCUCUACAGCUUGAUCCCUGGCUUUGACCGCCACGAACCAAACUACGUCAACUUGGUCGCAUCCGUGGCUGAUACUCUGCAGUUCCUCCCGACAGGAGCCAGCGGUUUCGAUCGCUGCCUAGUCUGGCCAUUGUUCAUGGCCGGGGCACAUUCUAUAUCCUCCAGCAAGCUCCGAAAGGUACUAGCUGAGCGGGUUUCUGCAUUGGGGUACCUCGGGGACUUUGGAGGCUUCGGGCGGAUGUACCGUGUUUUGAAAGAGGUCUGGCGGGUUUCUGAGGGUUCAACAUCCUCCUCCACUUCAGGAUCGGAUACGAAUGCUUCAACGCAAGUCAACCCCGUCCAGUACCUGCCACAAACACGGCAGUAUCCCCAUUGGCGGGAUAUUAUGCGAAAGAACAAGUGGGACUAUUUGCUGUUAUAA